AUGGGACAAGAGAUAUCACAACAAAAUAAAUGCAACACGGGAAGACGGCAGCAACAGCAACAACAAACACAAAUACACAACAAUUUAAGGCAUCAAAAUUUUCCUUCUAACGAUAAAUACACUAAAUAUAAGGACCCCAUCUAUACUUCAUCAAGCAUUUCGACAGCUUCAUCCACUGACGACGAACACUUUAAACAACGUCAAAAGUACAAUUUACCCAAUCAAACCUAUGAGAAAUCUAAAGUAGCCAAAAAAUUAAGUUACAACAGCACAACUACAGCUUCCACAACAUCCGAUUAUCAGAUCACAUCCCUGCAUCGCAAAAGCUCAAUUAGUACGGAUAGCGGAAUUUAUUACUCCUCAUCCUGUCAUUGUUCUUCUGUCUCAUCAGGUGCAUCUAGCUCUUCAGCCAGUUCUACAAGCGGUUGUUCAAUAUCUUUAGUAUCGAGUAAAUCGAAUAAAUCUUUGGAUAAACAAAAAAAUUAUCUCAAUCAUCAUUUGUAUAUUAAAUCUUAUUUAGACAUAUUGGAGGAGGACGAAAAAGCACGGGCACACUAUAAACCAGGCAAACCGGGUGGAAUACGGAACUAUACGCCUAAAAUAUUAUCAGACGCAGCAUUAUCUGUGAGUGCACCAGCCGUGGGUUUCGCUGCCAAACAACGUGCAAAAGUCAAGGAAGAACCUGUCGAUCCAGAAAGCAAAGUGCAAGAGCCACAAACAGUCAGACGUCAAUAUGAUUUCAUAGUGAUAGGCGGUGGCUCCGCAGGUGCAGUGGUAGCCAAUCGCUUAUCAGAAGUACGUAACUGGACUGUACUUCUACUUGAGGCUGGAGGAGAUGAAACUGAAAUUUCUGAUGUACCUGCACUAGCAGGCUAUUUACAAUUAACUGAUUUAGACUGGAAAUAUCAAACAACCCCUUCACCCACACGUCAAUAUUGUCAGGCCAUGAAAGGUGAUCGUUGUUUUUGGCCACGCGGUAAAGUUUUAGGUGGGUCUAGUGUUUUGAAUGCUAUGGUUUAUGUGCGUGGUUCUAAGAAUGAUUACAAUCACUGGGAAUCACUUGGUAAUACCGGAUGGGGCUAUGAAGACGUUUUAAAAUAUUUUCUAAAAUCCGAAGAUGUUCGUAAUCCUUACCUGGCAACCACCCCCUACCACGAAACUGGUGGUUAUUUAACUGUACAAGAGUCUCCAUGGCGUACUCCAUUGUCUGUUGCAUUCCUACAGGCAGGCAUGGAAAUGGGCUACGAGAACCGUGAUAUCAAUGGUGAGAAGCAAACAGGAUUUAUGCUUACACAAAGCACAAUUCGUAGAGGCGCGAGGUGUAGCACAGGCAAAGCUUUUAUUAGACCCGUACGUUUGCGUAAAAACUUAGAUGUACUUCUACACUCACAAGCAACCAAGAUACUUAUUGAUAAAAAUAAACGCGCUAUAGGUGUAGAGUUUUUAAAAGGUGGACGCAAAAAUAUCGCUUUUGUACGUCGAGAAGUGAUCUCAGCAGCUGGUUCACUGAACACACCGCAACUUCUCAUGUUGUCCGGCAUUGGUCCAGCAGAACAUUUACAGGAGUUUGAUAUACCAGUGAUAUCGGAUUUACCUGUUGGCAAUAAUUUACAAGAUCAUGUUGGUUUAGGUGGUUUGACAUUUGUUGUUGAUGCACCGUUGACAGUUACACGAAAUCGAUUUCAAACUAUACCAGUAACAAUGGAAUACAUUUUAAGAGAACGUGGACCAAUGACAUUUUCUGGUGUGGAGGCAGUAGCAUUUUUAAAUAGUAAAUAUCAGGAUCCAGCUGUAGAUUGGCCAGAUAUACAAUUUCAUUUUUGUCCGAGUUCAAUUAAUUCCGAUGGAGGUGAACAAAUACGUAAAAUUCUAAAUUUACGCGACGGUUUUUAUAACACCGUGUAUAAGCCCAUACAAAAUUCUGAAACUUGGUCUAUUUUGCCGCUCUUGCUACGUCCGAAAAGUACCGGUUGGGUGCGACUGAAUUCACGAAAUCCCCAACAUCAACCUAAAAUUAUACCUAACUACUUUGCACAUCAAGAAGAUAUUGAUGUGCUUGUGGAAGGCAUUAAAUUAGCUAUUAACGUUUCUAAUACUCAAGCUUUUCAACGUUUCGGUUCCUUUUUUGGUUAA